GGACCCCACCUCCCAAAUCCCCCAACGAUUGCAACAUCUCUGAGCUGAGACAGAGCAGGACCAGAAAGAGGAAGGAAGGAGGGGAAAACGAAAGGCGAUUUUUCUUUGGAGGGGGGUGAAGUUUCAUUGGAUUUUGUGACCAUGGAAGGUGGAGAACUAGUUUCCGUGGAGGGCCUGAGCCCCCUGGAGGGUCUGAGCCCAGCACAGAGCCCCCUGGUCACAGUCAGCUUCCAGAAAGACGACCACAGGAAGAAGAAGUUCCUGGAGGCUGAACCCAGAGCUCUCGGGAUAACUCAGGUGGGCCUGAGUGUGUACAACAUCAUCUGUGGUUGUGUUUUACAGUCCAACGGCCUGACUCGUCUACCAACUGACUUGCUGAUCUUCAUUUCAUCUCUGUUGGUGGUAAUAGCUGGGAAUGUGGCCGUGGCGGCGCAGAACCUCCACCUGCCUACGCUCAGGGCCUGCUUGGGGAUGCAGAUCGUGGCCUGCGCUGCUUCUGUCGUCAACAUAGUGUGCAGUGUUUUAAGACUGCCAGAUGUGGAUCUUUUCUGCUAUUAUUACCACAGGAGGACCGAUACGAGUCAUGGGGAGACGUGUUACCAGAUAGAGAACCUGCACAGCCACUUCUGUGCUGGGGCGAUAGUGGUCCAGUUUGCUCUGCUGGCCAUCUCUGCAACACUUGCUGCUUACUGCUGCAAGGUGGUCAACUGCUGUGGACCAGCUCCCAGAAUGCCAGUGAUCUCCAUCCAACACCCCCAGUCCACCAGUGGAGACGUGAACCAGACGGAACAAGAAUGAAGAAAUGUGAAGUGGAGACUGCCAGUCCUGCUGGUUCUGCUUUUCUAUUUACAUUUAGCUUUGCUCUUUUUAAAGUUCCGACUUUAUUCUCGCAACAUUAUGACUUUAUUCUCGUAAUUUCCAAUUUUUUUUUGUCUUAGUUUGGCUCUAAUACUCCGUUGUACUGUAGGGUCCUUAUGUCUUCCUUUUUUUUAUACAAUGGCCAGUUGGGUACGUUUUCUUUUUUUUGUGUGUAAAGGUUUUAAGCAUAAAAUCUUUGCUACUGGACUCACAUGCAGUGUCCAAGAACAAGUUAACAUCACAAUUAACAAUACAGGGCACACACGAUACACCUCGCAAACGUGACUUUAUUGGCAACCGAUUGACCCGAGAGGUCGUGUUGAUCCUGACACCAAAAUGGAAAAAAUGCAUUAAUGGGCGUGGCCUAACGGCUCAACAGCGCCCCCUAGAAAACUUUGUGCCUCAAGCCCCACAAUACGGUUUGACGUACAUGCACGAAAAUCGGUACACACCUGUAUCAUGUCACAACUUAAAGAAAAGUCUCUUGGCGCCAUGGCCGAAACCCAA